AUGGAAACUAAUGAAAAUAAAGAUUCCUCGGUUGCCAUUCAGAGUAUUAGCAGAGGAUCAACUCCAAUACACUCACCAAUAGUCUUAUCAAAAAAAUAUAUUAGUACACCACCUAUUUCACCUAGAAUCUUGCUGAAUAAAUCACCAUUAUCAAAUGGAAAGAAAUUAAGUCAGCAAAGUUUAAAUUUAGAAAACUCACCAUCUGCCAUAUUGGUCGGUCAGAUUUCAUCAUCGAACAACAGCAAUACAAUCAAUAGUCCAAAUCCAUUCGAAAAUAACAAACCAAUACACUACCAACCAAGUCUGAUAUCUAUACCGCUGGACGAUUUCGAUAACUCUGACUAUAGGAUCCCAACUCAACGUCAAAUCGCACAAAACAGCUUUAUCAACCUGAAUGAUUCAACCAACUCUUUUCACAUUAACAUCUCCUCUAUACAACAACUUCCACCAUCACCAGCAAACUCUGAAAUAAUAAACACCAACAACAAUGAUGAAAAUACAACAACAGAAAACCAAGAGACAACAACUACAACAGACAAUCAAAAUGAAGCCAAUCUACAACAACAACUAGUGAGGGUUUCCUUGUUUUCCAACUUUACCAAAUUGAACACUGUAUGGGCAUUUUUUGGAAUCAGUUUAAUUUUAACAACAGUGAUUAUGUUUAUUGUUGGAUUUAUGAAAGAAAAUGAAACCAUUAUUUUUUCUGGAAUCAUUACAAGUCCAAUUGGUUUCCUUAUUAUAAAUCACGCUAUACAUUUGGCAUACCGUAGAUCAAGAAGACAAUUUGAAAUGUUGACUGCUGAACCACCUCCUCCUCCAGAUCCAUCUACAAUUCCAUCAAAAUUAGAGGAAAUUUCAAUAGAUAUUCAAUCAUCACCAUCGAUCGGUGAUGUUCUUCAGAAAUACGAAUAA